AUGGCAAUUCUAUCUCGCCCCGUCAAUCAAGUUUUCAUCAACUUCCGGGGAAAGGAUAUUCGCCACGGCUUUGUCAGUCAUCUUAAAGAUGCCUUGAAAAGAAAAAAUAUCAACUUCUUCAUCGAUACACAUGAACAAAAGGGAAGAGACCUGAACCACCUCUUUAAACGGAUUGAAGAGGCCACGAUCGCGCUGGUCAUCUUAUCCCCAAGGUAUGGGGAAUCAAAAUGGUGUUUGGAAGAACUGACGACAAUCAUGGACCAAGAAGAAAAAGGGCAAAUGAUUGUCAUCCCAAUCUUCUAUAAAGUGAGAACGGAAGACGUGGAGAAACAAACGGGAGAGUUCGGCCAUAUGUUUUGGAGUUGCGAUGAAGAAGCAAGUCUUGAAGAGAUGGAGAAAUGGCAAGUGGCUUUGAAGGCUGUGUGCAACAAAAUUGGACUCACGUUGGAUCUUAAAAGAUCCGAGGCCAAAUUUAUCAAGAAGGUUCUGAAGGCGGUUGAGGAAGUUUUAACCACUAUUCAAUCUGAUGAAGCAAAAGAAGGCAACUGUGUGGAGGAUGUUGAAACAUUUAACGUUCCACUGACUCUGCCUUGGUCAUGGUUUAGCUCGGCGGUUGAGCUAAUUGGUGCAAUUCUCGGCUUACUCGCUGAGACUGUUCACGCUGAUGAAGGAAGAAGAGAAGCUGAUUUUGUGAAGAAAGUGAAAACACUUAAUGUUCCACUGGCUUUGCCAUGGUUAUGGUUUGGCUCGGCGGUUGAACUAAUUGGUGCAGUGGUCGGCUUACUCAUUAAGGCUGUUCAAUCUGAUGAAAGAAAAGAAGAUGGUUGCGUGAAGAAAGUGAAAACAUUUAACAUUGCACUGGCUCUGCCAUGGUUAUGGUUUGGUUCGGCGGUAGAGCUGAUUGGUUCAGUGCUUGGCAUCAUUAACACUGUUCGUUCUGGUGAAGGAAGAGAAGAUGAUUGUGUGAAGAAAGUGAAAACAUUUUACGUUCCACUGGCUCUGCCAUGGUUAUGGUUUGGCUCUGCGGUUGAGCUGGUUGGUGCAGUGCUCGGCUUACUAAAUGAAAUUGUUCACAAGUGUGCCUCACCAACCAUGGUUAUUCUUGCUAGUCAAGUUGGCUCUGUUGUGGCUAUUUCGAGCCGUUGGGCUGAUAAGUCUGUCUGA